AUUUUAGUUCUGAAUGUAGUCUAGCCCAGUACAGUCUGCCAUCAAAAUGAUUUUUGACUAUGAACCAGCGGAUCCUGCCUUCUUGCCGCUUAUGUCAUCAACAUGGUGUCCAAUAAUCAUUUUGGCGGUCUAUCUAUAUUUUGUACUCAAAGUGGGCCAAGAUUGGAUGGAAUUUCGAAAACCAUACAAUGUACAAAAGGCCAUGCUGAUCUAUAAUGCCCUUCAGAUUGGAUUCAAUACAGUGUUAUUUGGACUCACAUUUUGGUAUAUGUUUGUGAGCCCAAUUUACGAUUUACGUUGCAUUGAAAGUUUGCCAAUCGAUAAUCCAAAUAAGAUAAUUGAACGAUCCGUUACCUAUAUGUACUAUUUAAACAAAGUUCUCGAUCUCAUGGAUACGAUAUUCUUUGUGGUGCGAAAGAGCUUCAAACAAAUAACCACACUUCAUGUCUACCAUCACUGUCUGAUGGUAAUGUUCACCCAUGGAACCUUUAUGGCUUAUGGAGCUGGCGGCCAAUACGCUGUGAUCGCACUACUUAAUUCGCUUGUCCAUAUGGUGAUGUAUUCGUAUUAUUUAUUCACAGCCCUUUAUCCGGGAUCCACGGGUAGUCUGUGGUGGAAGAAAUAUAUCACCAUUAUGCAGUUAGCUCAGUUCACCCUUAUUGCCCUACAAUCUUUAUGGGUCUUGAUAUUUAAUCCAAGUUGUCAAUUUCCAAUGAUUAUGCAUUUUAUUCAGCUCUCACAAGCCGGUGUAAUGAUGGCAAUGUUUGGCAAUUUUUAUGCCAAGUCAUAUUGCAGCAAGAAAACAAUUGAAGCGAAAUCAAAGAAAAUCGAUAAUUAAAUAAAUCUUCACCUAUUAAGAAUAAAAA